AUGUCCGACCCCAUGGCAGUUGCCCCAGAGUCAAUGGCCCUGGAAACGGAUCCGGAUGCUCGACGCGCUUGGAUUGACUCGCGCAUCGCCGCCCUCGAAGACGAAAUUCGCCGGUGGAAGAGCAGCAGAAACGAGUUAUCAGUCAUCUCGCACCUUCCACCUGAGGUUCUCACUCGGAUUUUCGAAUUCUAUAAACGAAUGUUACGAGUCCGUUAG